AUGGAUGGUGUCAGUAUCAACCUAGAUCACCUUCUAAGUCAGGGAGAAACUAAUGAAGAUGACACUACUAGACUCGGUAAACGAACCAAAAUUUCCAAUGAGUCUACCAGUCACAUUAAUGAUCCUGAGUCUUCUUCUACAAAUACCAUUGAAAAUGCAAUCAUAGAAUCUUUGGAAGCUCAAAGGUGCACAACUCGAGGAGAGCAAUAUGGAGAUACAUUAAUGAAGAUUCAGAAUCAUUUAAACAGCACUAUGAAACUCAUAUCUUGGAAUGUUCAAGGACUUAAGACCACUGCUACAAGAGAUCCUCUGUUUGAUCUAAUUAGAACUCAGAAUCCGGACAUAAUCUUUCUUUAUGAGACUAAAAUUUCUAAGGAUAAAAGUCGACCUCUCAUAUCUCAUUUUCAAUAUCCUAACCAAGCCUUUAUUGAACUUAUAGGCUUAUCUGGAGGGUUACUCAUUCUUUGGAAAGAUGGCUUUACUUGUGAGCUACAUGAUUCCACUUACAACAUGUUUAAUCUCAUUGUUCAACAUGAUCCUAGUCGCCCUGAAUAUCUGCUUACCUGUAUGUAUGGUUACCCAGACUUUGAUAGGAAGCAAGAACAGUGGAACUACAUCCAACAGAUAGGUAGAAACCAUUAUGGCCCUUGGAUUCUAAUUGGUGACUUAAAUUUUCAUCUCCUAGAUGAUAACACAAUAUCUUCCUCCUCUUCUGAUGGUUUUGUUAAUAAUAUUGUCAAUACUUGUGGUCUUGAGGAUAUUGGUUAUUAG